UUGGAGCAGUAAAGGAAAAUAGGCGACUGCUACUCACUUAUCUCGGAUGCUAAAAUCGUUACCUAUAUUUGGUACUCUAAAACCACCUUACCGGUAACCUCUCCUAACGACUCGCAUAUUAGAACGUAAAACCUGCAGUCAAACUCUCCCCCUUUCUCUCUACAACCGCAUAUUUAUGUGGUGUCUGUAAACUUAGUCAUGAGUCUAACGAGAAUGUUUGGUUGGAGAGUGGAGUAGAACACCACUUAGCGGUGCUCUUGGACCACCAAAUAGUUUCACCCCCAUCUCUCAUCUCUAUAAACCCACAACAGAAACACAAAGAAGCUGCAAUCUGAGCAAAAAAAGCCAAAAGCAACAAAAACCUCAAAGUUUCAUUGAUUUGGGUAAUCCAUGGAGGACUGGAGAAUCAGACAACACUCGAGGUUUCAUGUACCUCCCGGGACAUUUUUCAAGAAAGGCGAUGACGAUGAGGAUAGAGAACGCUAUUUCGAAGACGUAGACGCACCAAGGAAUCGAUGUUCGUUAUCCCCUGAUUUGGCUAAACUUCUCUCCGCCAUGAUUCUUCUCUCGAUUCUCUUCACCACAACCGUGCCAAGUUUCCAGACCUCGGAACUCGGACAACUGGGGUUGUGGAGGUGGCUACUCGUUGCCUUCUUUACUUUUUACGGACACUCUAUCUCCCGCGCCAUAACCACUCGUGUUCUUCAAGUAAUCGAAAACGUGAAUAAUGCGAGGCUAAAGGGAAAUCUCCCUCAUGCGUAUGCCGCGAAGAGAACCUUUGAGUAUCUUCUAUCGUUCGCCACAUUAUUAACAACCUGGAUUUUAUUGAUAGACACUCCCCUCAAGAAGCUUGGUAAAAUGAAUAUUGCACUUGAAAACAUGACAAAGAUACUGUCUUGCGUUGUUGUCUCGAUUAUAAUUUGGGGCUUCAAGAUCGUUGUAUGGAAGGUCGUGUCGAUUUCGUUCCACAGGAAACACUAUUUGAAUCAAAUCAAAGAGGCCGUCUUUGCUCUGUACAUCUUACGUAGCAUGUUAACUCCAUUGAAGGAUCCAAAUCAGAUGACAGAGGAGAGAGAGAUUAUCGUCGAUGAUGCCCCGAAAAAUCGAAGGGGACACAAGAUUUUUCAGGGCCGGAUGACCUUCGGUCAAUGGCGUCUCGUGAGCGCAGACACCUCGAAUGAUUGGGAAGUAUGGAAUAUGGUGAAUCUUGUGAAGAACACGAAUGCAUUAGACGAAACGUUAUGGCUAUUUCCCCAUCGCUGUUCUACCCGUCCUAACCUCAACACAUGGGAUGACAAAGCGAUGUCUGUAUCCGAAGAUAUAAUUAAGAACGUAUCGAAAGACGAAUCCGGAGAAAUUAGUCUUGAAGACCUGUCGUACUGCAUGCCGAAAGCGAUUGCUAAGGAAGCGUUGAAGCGGAUCGGAGCCAAACGAGGAAAGUUUGGGAUAGAUGAGCUCUUCAUUUGGGUGAGUCGCAUUUUUCAGCGGCACAGAGGGCUUGAGUUAUCACUGUACGACACUCACCGUGUCUUGCAACAUUUGCAUCGCGCCGUCGGUGUCGUUGUCUUGGCGAUACUUACAUUCGCUUGGCUCGUCAUACUAGACACCGUAUAUCUCCUCCCAAACAACAAGGAAUUGGGACAGAAGCUUUACUUGGUGAUACUAUUUCUAGCUCUGGUGGUUGCCUAUGUCUUUCACGUCGCAUGGGCUAUGUAUGGAGAUGGAGUUGGAAUCUUUUUCCGCCAUGCACUCCAUGUCGGGGAAAUUUGCAUCAGUGACGGGAAAAAGAUGCAAGUGGAGAAGUUGAGCGUUUACAUGAUAAUUUGUCUGUCCAUGGAGGGCGAUGAGGCAUGAUCCUACGUUUCUACUCACUAGAGCUUGAAGUUUCCCAAGGUGACAAGGAUUUGAAGAUGGGAUGACUUGGCUUUGCUCAUCUGGUGAAUAAGUCGACGGAUCCGCUGCGGUGGCUUCCGGCGACAACGUCCUCAACUUUCUUCUUUUUUUUUUUUGUUCCUGUCUCCUUUUGGUUUCGUUUGUUUUGAAUUUUGUUGGUUUGGUUCUCUACCUUUAAUGGUAGUUUUCCCUCCCGUGUGUGGGUUUCUGGUGUUCUUUUGGUUGCCUUUAUCGCAGUUGAGGGUUUGUGUUACUCUCUCUAUUUGGAGGUCGGUCAUGGUUGAUUAGCUGGCAAAGCCUGGUUGCGAGGCUCUAGUGGGUGAUCUCGGGUAGCUAGGCCUCUUGUUUGCUUAUUUACU